UCUGAGCGAUGCGUAGCUCGGUUCAAAGCCAGCACGACACUUAUCACGCUAAAAAUCUCAGCAAUCCAUCUUGAUCAACACAGCGAAGCGUAGAGAGAGAGAGAGAGAGAGAGGCUGUGUUUCUCAGGGGCUUGGAAGGCGUUCCUGUGUAGGUUAUAAAGCAGUUACUCUGUCGCAGAGAGGGAUCUCAGCUCAGGAUUAUACGCUGAGAAGAAGAGUUCUGGGUUUAUUUUCCCGUUGAACGUCUCUGAUUGUCUUCUCCGAGAUGUUGCCCUGGGGCCGACUGCUGUUGGUGCAGCUGCUCCUGACGCCGAUCGUGGCAGCGAGCACUGGCGAGGACGGAGAGCGGGGGGGAGACGCGGAGGCUGUGCCGCGGGCCUACGUCUGUCCCCCCCGGUGUUCCUGCCCCUCGGAGGAGACCGUGGACUGCAACGGAGCCGAUCUCACCACCUUCCCCAGGAACCUGUCGGCAAACAUUCAGCUCUUGUCUCUGCAGAAUAAUCGGCUGGAAACCAUUCCGUAUGAGGAGCUGUCCCACCUCACCAAACUCCGGACACUCAGCCUCCACCACAACCGCCUGCUGUCCCAAGGUCUGCCGGACGGAGCCUUCGAGUCUCUCCAGGAGCUCGAGUACUUGUAUCUGGCCAACAACAAGCUGACGUCUGCCCCCCGGUUGCUCCCGGACACACUGCGCAUCGUGGACUUCGCGGCCAACCAACUCCGGGACAUCUUCACCCACACGUUCGGUCACAAACCCCAACUCAGGUCGGUUUAUCUCCACAAUAACCAGCUGGUGAGCAGCAGCCUCCCUCCCGGCAUCUUCCGCGGCUCCGACACCAUCAGCGUCCUCGUCCUGUCCGACAACAACCUCACCCUCAUCCCGUGCGGUCUGCCACCCCGGCUCACACACCUGCACCUACAGAACAAUCGCAUCUCUCAGGUGCCUGAAGGCUCUCUGACGGAGCUGCUGGAGCUCCGAGAGCUUCACCUGCAGCACAACAACCUGACCAUCGCCAGCAUCAACAACCACUCCUUCAGCUCGCUGAGGGGGCUGCAGUACCUGGACCUCUCCCACAACAACCUGACCGAGAUCCCCGAGGGGCUGCCGCCGAGCCUGCUGAUCCUGCACCUGGGCCGCAACCGCAUCGCGGGGGUCCGAGAGGGCAGCCUGAGCGCCGCCCGCGGGCUGCAGUACCUGCUGCUCCACAACAACCGGCUGACGGCCGACGGCAUCCAGCCCGGGGCCUUCGACAAGCUCCGGCACCUCCACACGCUGCACGUCUUCGGCAACCGGCUCAGCCGGGUCCCGCCCAACCUGCCCCGCCGUCUGCGCUCGCUCAUGCUGCUGCACAACCGCAUAGAGAGCCUCGGACCCUCGGACUUCGUCAACGGCUACUUCCUCUCCGAGCUCAACCUCAGCUACAACCUCCUGCGCUCGGCCCGCGUCCACCGGCUGGCCUUCCGGAAGCUUCGCCGCCUCCGCAGCCUGGAUCUGUCCGGCAACCGGCUGACCCUGCUGCCCCUCGGGCUCCCGUCCGGCCUGCAGGACCUCAGGGCUCAGCACAACCACAUCUCCCGGCUAUCGCCGCGCAGACUGGCCGGUCUGCACGCCCUCGGCCAGCUCCACCUCGACCACAACAGCCUCACCAUCGCCGGCCUGGCCCCUGGCAGCUGGCAGGAGCUGUCCAGCCUGAAGCUGCUGGACCUGGGGUAUAACCAGUUGUCCUAUGUACCCCCGGACCUGCCCGAGAACCUGGAAAACCUUUACCUGCAGCACAACCGCAUUGUCACCAUCACCCCCGACUCCUUCAUCUCCACCCCCAACCUCAGGGUGCUGCUGCUCAGGUCGAACCGGCUGACGGUGGUGGGCACAGCCCAGGCCGCCUUCAGCUCCCUGCACCAGCUCCAGGUGCUGGAUCUCACCGGCAACCCGGAGCACAUCAGCAUCCGGCUGGACAGCACCACGUGGGCACCGGGCAACGGCACAGCCCGCGGGCACAGCCCCCCUCGCUAGCUCUGCCCGGGCACCCCGGAACAUCAGCAACGGCUCUGGCAGCGUCUCAGCGAGCUUAACCAGCCAUCAAUCGGUCACGGUCUGGGGGGAAUCACCCGGUCCGCCCGCCCGCCCGCCCCCAGGGGCAGUGCAGCCAGUGCUCUCCCAACCCCGGCACUCCGCACUGCAAACUCAGCCCGGCACACUCACUGCAAGCUCCGCCAGUCACUACACUUUAUAAUAAACCCUGUACAACACACACAGUCACUUUAUCGUACCAGUAAGCCCUGCACCAAACACAGUUACUACAUUUCACAGUGAACUCUGCAACACGCACAGUCACUACACUUUACAGGAAACCUGUGAAGCACGCUUUGGCGGUGAGGGUAUUCGGGAGGGCAGGUCGCACUGUGCACUGCACGGACACACAUACAUAUACACGCAGAACACUCAAGUCACCGCCUGUGAAAUCCCUCGUCUGUAGAAGAAUAAAUACUUUAAAUCCGAAUAAAACGCUUCCCUGUAAACACA